AUGGCAAAAGGUGCUUCAGUCAAAACUGAUAAUAAGAAGAGUAUUCUAGUCGUACCAAGCCGAGUUGUUAGUAGACCAGAUAACUUAGCAGGUGGCGAAGAAACUGAAAUCACAGCCCAAAUAUCUGUUCCACAAGAAGGCUUAAUCGUAGGAUUUUAUUUUGAGAAAUUACGCCCGAUUGCUAUGGCAAUUUCAACUUGUGGAUCUAGCUUUGGUGUAAUGGUAAUGUUUCCUGUAAAUACUUAUUUGAUUAAUUUAUCUGGCUGGCGUAAUACUACAUUAUUACAUUCCGGACUUUUUGGUCUUGUAUAUUUUAUUGGUAUGACAUACCGGCCGCUACUCUCCUUAACGGUCAUAAAAGCUACAGAAGAUCCUACACGCACUGUGACAUACCUGCCAAGUUUAUCUGCUGCAGGUUUAAAACUAACAGCUUCAGGUACAAAGCCAGAUAAUUUAGUACCAACGACGACAGAACGACUUUUCAGUGCCGUUUCGAAUUAUAACUUCCCAACAGCGGCGGCUAUAGUUGAAGAAGGUGCUGCCGUGCCUGUCUCUCAACCAGGCCCAUCUACAACGCCAGUGUCUAAACUUACCUUGCUGGCUCAUGGCCCCCAAAGCGCAAUAAGUCGACAACAACUAAAACAAAUAAAGGAUAUGAUAUCUAGAAGUAAUAUUAAAGAUGUAAAGCAGAUUGAUGCGGACGUUGAACAGGAGUCACAUACAGUCUCAAAAAAGCCUGGGUUUUGGAGAAGGUUGUUUCAUUGGGAAGAACAUGUACCGGAAUCUCGUCCGAUGUACAGAGACGAUGCGUUUUACGAUGGUAAAUUAGAAAAAUUACCUAUUUAUCAGAAAAGUAUGGUAGACACAACAGCAGAAGGGAAAACUGGAUUAGAGUAUCAAUUAGCCGUAUCGAGGGCGGCUACAACUGCUGACAUUCAAGAACGACGAGGUGUUUUCACUACUGCCGCCAGACGUGUUUUGGCGACAAUGAUGGAUCCUAAAUUAUUGAAACAACGUUCAUUUUUGUUAUUGUGCGCAUCUGCCUUCUGUGUAUAUCAACCCUAUAGGUUCAUGUUCGAGCGCAUUUUGUUCUGUCUUGUCUGCAACCGGCCGCCAUACUCAAACAAAAAGGUUGAGAUGAAAAGAUAA